AUUAUAAAUGAAUGAAUGAGUAAAUAAAUAAAUAAAUAAAUAAAUUUUUAGGAGGCUGCUUACAAGGACUAGUACUUGGAACCAAAACAAAAGAUCAUUUAUCACGUUAGGUCACUGAAGAUAAAUUCCUUUUAGGCUCUGGCAAAACCUUUUAAAGAAAUACUCCCUCUUUCCUGGUACUCCUCAAACACCAGUAACACAAAGCUAUACCUCUCCAGCCCAGGCUCUAGGGAAAGAACUUCUUAUCAAGGGUGAAAAGAAAAACUUAGCUAACAAAGCAAGAAGGUUUGACUUGUCUCCAACCUUGAAAAUGACUUUCUGAAGAGAAGCAGUCUGGGAGCCUUCCAAACUGAUUUAAUUUGUCCUUUCAUCUCCUAACAGGAGGAUACAACUUUGCAAUUCCUUUUGGCAAGCAAGUAACAAGCCCUUGGCUAGGAAGAAAAAUACACUGUGGAGUCCCUGCCAUCAGCCUUAUAACUCUUCCCCCCCCCCCCCCCCCACUCCAGCCUUAAAGAAGACCUGACCAAGAAAAAUGCCACCGAUGGAGGGAGUGGGCUCAGGUAUAUCAAACAGAAGAAGGAAAAGCAAACAAAUCACACAAAAUCCAGCAAGUCUCACUUUGAAAAGCACACAGAUUCCCACUGAGCCAGUAGCCAAGUCAGAAACCUGUUGCAGCCUGAGUACAAGUUGCUGGGGAAUUGCAAGAUCCCCAUGAGCCAGGAAGGCUGUUCCCCCUGCCAAGGCUCCCUCUCUCUGAGGAACUCUCCGAAUUACAGCGUAAGUGAGGAAAUUGCAUUUCUGAGUUCUGAUACGGUGCUGCAGACAGUCCCAAGCACUCUCUUCUGGCAGAGAGCCGUCAGCAGCUGCAUUUUGAGGAGCACAGUCGGGCGGGUUAAGAAAACUGGUCCAAAAUCCAAUCGCCAGCCGGCCCAGCCAUCAGGGAGCCCUUCUAGAAACGCGGACGGUGCCCAAGUCCCCAUUUUUUCGACUGCAGAGGAUCGAUCUUCAAGUGUGAUGGGUUCAAUACUACGUCCUCCCCCACGCCCCCGGCCAGCCUUACUCUUGCGCUACAAGUGUCCCUCCAGCAAAAAAAAUGGGAACAUGGGGACCUGCAUACUCUGCUCAGAACCCUCGCCUGCAGCCCAACGUGCCCUAACAACAAUGACAGGUGCUUACGCGGAGACCACCUUCCCGUUCAGGAUUUCCGCCGGUGCCAUGGCCUUUAUCAGUCCGCUGCCCACGAUGGACACCACCGAAACUGAGGAUCCAGUAGCUCCACUGGCGCGCUGGCCAGCACAACCCACGUGCUUAGCGACCACCCCCGGAGAUGAUGCUACUGCGCCUGCGCCACCCGCCCCUCCCCCCUCUCCGGCCCCGUCGAUGCGCAUGCGCGGUCCGGAAGGCCCUAGGCACUUCUGUAGUGAAGAGCCGGGAUUUGGACUUCCGAAAGCCCCGGAAAGAUGGAUGAACUCGGUGAUGAGCGACUAGAGGAAAUGAUUGGCUGGUGGAAGGCGUAGUUUCAGAUUGCGCCUUCGGGUGGCGCGGGGAACUGUCCGAAGUGGGGUCUGGCCUCCAGGCCAGCUCUCCGUGGGCGGAGCAGUGGGCGGAGUCGGAGGGGCGAUCUCGCGGGAGAACGGUUUCGCGCGCGCGGGAGUGAGGCGGGUGUCUGGGGCAGGAUUGCUCCCUGGGGAAGGUGUACCCCGGGGGUUGAAGGCGCGUGGCUUCCCCGGGAGAGUUCCGCCGGUCUCCGCGCGGGGUACCUGGUGGGGCGCAGGGCUGGCCUGGGGCGGCUUCUUCUCGCCCACCGGCGCUGUCAGACUGGUGUGGGGCUUCCAUCCCUAUUCUGAGUCCGAGGGUCCGAAUAGCGCCCGUAACCGUUUUGAAAUCUCCUACUCAGCCAAGGUCGAAGCGCUCUGGGUGAGACCCCCUCUGAGCUGAAGCGCCGCCAGUCCCCAAGAGGCUGGGGUAACCUCGGGGUCGGUCAGUGCAAGCAAGGAGGGUCGUCGGCUCAGCAAGCCUAAAUUUUGUCAGCUCCCCCGCGAAGAUCUAGGGUUGGAGGGGACGGACGCUGCUUGAACUAGGCGCCAAGUGACCCACGGAGUGGACACUCCCUCCCCCGCAGGCUCCACUCCGGAAGCGGGAUGGGGCGUUUGUCCGCUCAGCUCUAGAAACUAGCUGCGUUCUUACCGUGCGGUCAUCCCGGUGUAGCUGUAAAGUUAAGUUGUUCAGAUCACUUCCUUUAUUUUUUACCCCCGGUUUUACUGAGAGAUAAUUAACAUACAAUCCAUGUAAGCUUAAAAUGUAGAAUAAUGAUUUGAUCCCCGUGUAUGUUAUGAAAUAAUUACCACAAGAAGGUUAGUUAACAUCUCCAUUCUCACAUAAUGACAGUAGUUUGUGUGUGACAAUAACAUUUAAGGUUUACUCCCUUAACUUUCAAGUGUAUAAUACAGUAUUGAUGGUUGUUGGUUGUAGUCACCAUGCUGAACAUUGGAUCCCCAGAACU